GUCCUCGGAGCGCUCGGGCUGCGCGCGGAGCGGGCUCGGGAGGGAAGUCCCGAACAAAGGAGCGCCGCUGCCGCCGCCGCCUCGCUUCCUCGCUCGCCGGCCUGGCCGCCGAGGGACUUUGACUAUGUCGGGGAUUGCUCUCAGCAGACUCGCCCAGGAGAGGAAAGCGUGGAGAAAAGACCACCCUUUUGGUUUUGUGGCUGUCCCAACAAAAAAUCCCGACGGCACGAUGAACCUUAUGAACUGGGAGUGCGCCAUUCCAGGAAAAAAAGGGACUCCGUGGGAAGGAGGUUUGUUUAAACUACGGAUGCUUUUCAAAGACGACUAUCCAUCCUCACCACCAAAAUGCAAGUUUGAGCCGCCGUUGUUUCACCCGAACGUGUACCCCUCAGGCACGGUGUGCCUGUCCAUCCUUGAGGAGGACAAGGACUGGAGGCCGGCCAUCACCAUCAAGCAGAUCUUAUUAGGAAUACAGGAACUUCUAAAUGAACCAAAUAUCCAAGACCCAGCUCAAGCAGAGGCCUACACGAUUUACUGCCAAAACAGAGUGGAGUACGAGAAGCGGGUUCGAGCACAAGCCAAGAAAUUUGCGCCUUCAUAAGCAGCAACCUUGUGGCAUCAUAAAAAGGAAGGGAUUGGUUUGGCAAGAACUUGUUUACACAUUUCUGCAGAUCUAACUUUGCUCUGUACCACGCUAGUCGCUAGGGGAGGGAGGGCGGUGCCAUUUCCAUCUGCCGCCGGCACACGGCUCUCGACUUGCUGAUCGCCCGGUGUUUCCUACAGGGUCUCUUCCUUCGGUCUUUUGUAUUUUUGAUUGUUAUGUAAAACUUGCUUUUAUUUUAAUAUUGAUGUCAGUAUUUCAACUGCUGUAAAAUUAUAAACUUUUUUACUCGCCGCAUCCCCCAGAGCACGUUCCCUUGCUCGUGGGUGCAGGCAUGCUUGCCGCCAGCCGCUCAGCACUCUCCCCCCACCCCGUGGCUGUGCAAACCGAGCCGGCCCGGCCCUCCUCCCGCAUCUGCCCUCCCUGCAGAACCUGGGUUGUGUUGCUUAGGAUCCUUGAAUCCAGAGUCAGCCAGCGUCUCAUUUCCGCAUCACUUCCUUUGUGUUUAUAUGGCGUUUUGUCUGUGUUGCUGUUUAGAGUAAAUAAACUGUUUAUAUAAAGG